CAUAAAACAAAAGAUAAGAAUGGUUUAAACCAAUGAGCAUCAAGGUGCCAGGCAUGAUCAUACUUUAUGUGACUGACAAAACAACCAGUUUAACAGGUUUUUAUAAGAAAUUAUUCCAUUGCAUAUUAAUCAUUUACAAACUGAUGACAGACUUAGCCGUGGUCAUACCAUCCACGAUGGGUUCAAAUACACAAGUUUACGGGUUAAGAAAAUAUGUAUUUUUUACAUGUUCGAUUUGGAUUACAUUCUGCCUGUUCAUUAACAAUAUCAGCGUCUGAGAUGGGAAUCAGUGAUGAGGAGUGGGAAAGUCUACAGAAGGCUCUCGACUGGCCUGGUCCAGAUCUUCAAAUCACACUGGAUCUGAGCACAAGUCCAGUCCACUCAACAUUCUCCACAGUGGAACCGAAAAAGAGUUACAAAGUGGGAGAUAACAUCUCCGUUAUUAUCACAGCCAGAGACCACAACAAGAACCUGAAAAGAUAUGGAGGAGAUUUUUUCAAAGCAAAGCUUUUCAAUUCACAACUAAAGGCGAGUGUGUAUGGGGAGGUUGUGGAUCAUCGUAAUGGGACUUACUCAGCCGUUCUUCUCCUUCCCUGGGAAGGUCAGGCACAAGUCUUUGUACGCCUUGAGCACUCCAGUGAGGUUGUGCAGAUUCUUAAAAAAUACAGGGAGUCUUCAUUCCCACGCAGCCACUAUAAAGGCUACUUUGGAGGAGCAGGACCCAAUAAAACCAGGAUCAGUGAAGUAGUAGAGUGUAAUAUUAAAUGGGGUGAAGGAAGUUGGAGUAAAAGCAACUGCUGCUGCGAGUAUAAGGAUAUAAAAACUGGAACGGUGUGGCAGUGUGAGAGACCAAAGAAACUGCCAUGUGACAAACUGGUUUAUCACUCAAAAGGAGGUUUGGAAAAUCCAUUAAAUACCUUUGAGAAGCAGUUUUUUGCGAAGACUUUAACAAAUGUUCGUAUUACUGGAGACACACAAAUCAUCAAUAUCCUUCCCAACACGGCAGGCAAUGGCACAAGAGAGAGAUGCAGAUCAGGAUUGAAGACACCAGUUCCUGCAGGGUUCUAUUUGAAAGAUGUCUGGAAGUCUUUCGUAUGCAACACUCAACAGUUUGAUUCUGCCCAAAUGUUGAAAUGUCUCCAAAAUAAGAUUGUCUACAUGAUAGGAGACUCCACCACACGGCAGUGGUUUGAGUUUUUUGAAAGCAAAGUGCCAGGCUUAAAAAGAAUGAACCUCCAGACUCGUUCGUAUGGACCCCUAAUGGCUGUGGAGUUGAAAAAUAAUGUCAUUAUUCACUGGAGGCCUCAUGGUGUUCCUUUGCGAUUUUCUGUAAUGCCUAUUACCAACCUGCAUUAUAUCUCCAAUGUUAUUGAUAAUAUAGCCGGUGGUCCUCAUGUAGUCGUUGUCUUUACAAUCUUUGCCCACCUGGUGUUUCACCCGUUAACAUUUUAUGUUCACGAAGUGGCCAAAAUCCGUCAGUCUGUUGUUGCCCUGCUGAGUCGUGCACCACAGACCACCAUCGUCAUCAAGUCUGGAAACACUGCAGGAUAUAAGGAUAUUUUUCAAAGUGACUGGUAUACACUGCAAGAGAACAUAGUGAUGAAAGAGAUGUUCAGAGAUAUUGAUGGAGUAAUCUACUUCGAUAUCUGGCAGAUGACUUCCUGUCACUAUCUCACUGAAAAUAUUCACCCAGGACCUGUUGUCAUUGCUAAUGCAAUCAGUGUGUUUCUCUCAUAUGUCUGUCCUGUCUAAUAUAUUAAAACAAUAUUUGCUUUUUCAUCUACAAGAUGCUUAUAUAACUGCUUAUAUAAAUAACUGCUGCCCAGAACAUUUUCUUUCUUUCUUUUUUUUUUAACUGCAUUAUAAAUGUAAUAACACUAAUUGUUGUGUGAAUAUAUUAUUUUGUAAAUAAAGUGUUUUGUAUGUUGCAAUAAUCU